AACUCAAAUUAAAUAUAACAAAGUUUUUAGAGAAAAGUAGAAAGCCAUGUUAGUGAAGCUCCUCACCAUUGUCUUCUUCUUCAGUCUACUCUUGAAAUCAUCUUCCCAAUUUCUCAACUUCACUUAUAAUGGCUUCCAUCGUCCACUGACUGCUGACAUAACCCUCCAAGGGAUCACCACCGUUACACCAAGCGGUCUAUUAAAGCUAACCGAUACAACAAUACAGAAAACCGGUCGAGCCUUUUAUACCCAACCAAUCAGAUUCAAAGAUUCACCGAAUGAAACCGUCUCAUCCUUCUCCACAACAUUUGUCUUCGCCAUCCGCUCUCAAAUCCCGAUACUUAGUGGCCACGGCAUCGCUUUUGUUGUGACUCCUAACUUCGGCCUCCCGUUUGCCACUGCCAGCCAAUACCUCGGACUCUUUAACAUCAGAAACAAUGGCAAUGAUACGAAUAAUGUAUUCGCUGUUGAACUAGACACGAUUAGGAAUACUGAGUUCAAUGACACGGACGAUAACCACCUCGGAAUCGAUAUCAAUAGCUUAACGUCAAUUAAAAGUGCAUUGGCUGGGUACUGGAACGAGUCAGGUCAGUUUACGAACCUUAGUUUGAUAAGUCGUAAGCCGAUGCAGGUUUGGGUUGAUUACGAUGGUCAUACCCAUCAAAUCGAUGUAACUAUAGCUCCUUUGAACCAUGAAAAACCAACAAAACCGCUUGUCUCUACUGUCAGGGAUCUAUCCCGGGUUCUUUUGCAAGAUAUGUUAGUAGGUUUCUCAUCUUCAACCGGUUCGGUUUUGUCUGAACAUUUUGUCCUUGGGUGGAGUUUCGGGGUGAAUGGGAAAGCUCCUUCGUUGGACUUACGGAGACUUCCGAAAUUUCCAGAGUCCGAGCCCAGAAGAUUUGGAAUCUGGCUGUUUAUUGGAGCGUCGAUUCUCCUCUUGUUUAUCGCUAUGCUCAUCUUCCUCGUGCGCUUCAUCUUGAGGAGGAGGAGAAAGUUCGCGGAGGAGCUAGAAGACUGGGAAACAGAGUUCAGGAAGAACCGACUGAAGUUCAAAGACUUGUACUAUGCCACCAAUGGAUUCAAGGAGAAGGACCUUAUUGGAUCUGGCGGGUUUGGGCGCGUUUACAAAGGUGUCAUGCCAAAAACAAAGAAAGAGAUCGCUGUGAAAAGAGUCUCGAACGAAUCACGACAAGGGUUGAAAGAGUUUGUCGCUGAGAUCGUAAGUAUUGGUCGGAUGAGUCACCGAAACCUAGUCCCUCUCUUGGGUUAUUGCCGUCGGAGAGAGGAGCUUCUUCUAGUGUACGAUCACAUGCCUAAUGGAAGUUUAGACAAGUAUUUGCACAAUAGUCCGGAGGUAGCUCUCGACUGGAACCAGAGGAUUAAAAUCAUUAAAGGUGUGGCCUCUGCCUUAUUCUUUCUUCACGAGGAUUGGGAGCAAGUGGUGAUUCACCGUGAUGUAAAAUCCAGCAACGUCUUGUUAGACUCGGAGCACAAUGGGAGACUUGGAGAUUUCGGUUUAGCUCGGUUGUGUGGUCACGGUACGGAACCUGACACCACGAACGUCGCAGGAACAUGGGGCUAUCUAGCCCCCGAUCACCUCAGGACUGGACGGGCCACAACCGCUACUGAUGUUUUUGCGUUUGGGGUGCUCUUACUAGAAGUGGCGUGCGGGAGACGUCCUAUCGAGGUUCAGGACAGCGUGAGUGGUGAGAGGGUGUUUCUUGUUGAUUGGGUUUUUCAGUUUUGGAUAGACGGAAACAUCUUGGGUGCCAAGGAUCCGAAUCUGUGGUAUGAUUAUGAAGUAGGAGAGAUCGAAAUGGUACUGAAGCUAGGUUUGUUGUGCUCACAGUCUGAUCCAGAGAAUAGACCAACUAUGAGACAGGUGCUACAUUAUCUAAGGGGAGAUGUAAUGUUACCAAAUCUGUCACCGUCGGACUUGCGUGGAAGCGACAGAUUGUUGGGAAUUCCAGAAGUGGGAUUUAGUGAAUCAAGCUUGUCCACCGGUGGAUCUUCGGUUACUAACUCUCUACUGUCUGGUGGGAGGUGAGUUGUAAAUAUCUGUGUGUUUUUCACAUUUUCACUUCGUAUGUAAAAAUAAUUGAUCAUAAAUAUAUAUCUUAUGAUCAAUGGUGUAUGUUAAACGGUUGAAAUGAAUAAUUUUACAUAAUUUGUAUGUCCAUUUUGCGGUA